AUGGCGCCUGGACAGAAGCUGUACCCUCGCGCGACAGUCCGCAAGAUUGUCAAGGCGCACUCCAAUUGCAACGUCAGCAAGAAUGUCGACGUUAUGAUCUUCCUCGACUACGUCCUCUUCAUGCAAACCUUGGUCAAAGAGGCUGCUAUUGAGUCGAAACGGGGAGGUGAGAGAGGCAUCACCUCGCGAAGUGUCAAGAAGGUCACAGCGGCUGAGGGCCAGCAAUUACACGUUCCCAAGAUGGACUUGCCAGUCCUCCGAGACGGGCAUAUUGGCGAUCAGCAGACUACUACUGAGUCCAUUCGGGAAGGAGCUCUGCGUGCAGGCAAGCGGGCAGAUGCGAUGCGAUGCAUAUCAAGCCCAAUGAAGCUUGCCGCUUGCUGA